AUGUGGAAACGACUGGCAUUUGGGCUAAAGAACGCUCCAGCAAUAUUUCAGUGCACCAUGCAAGUCGUCCUCGGAGAUAUUAAAGUGCCUCAGAACUCUGGUAUUAGAGUCUGCUUAGAUGACAUUCUCCUAUUUGCAUCUCACUUCCAAGACUUCGUGGGAUUGCUUGACGUAGUGCUUCAUCAAGUGCCAACGCAUGGACUCAAAGUGUCGCUCGAGAAGUGCAGAUACGGCCUUUCACGGAUUCAUUUCUUGGGUUACAUCCUAUGUAGCGAAGGCAAGCUCCCCGACCCAAGCAGAGUGAAGGCUAUGCUGUGCAUACCCCGGCCUCAGAAUCGCAAGCAGCUGCUAUCCUGGGUACAGACGGCAAACUUUUACCGUCGCUUCAUCAAAAACUUUUCACGAAUAUCAUCGCCACUGUACCCUCUUGUAAAGUCCCCAGAAUGGUACUGGAACUCAUCAUGCGAACAUGCUUUUCAUACAUUACGUAUGGCCCUUACAGAAGACACACCGGACGAAAAGAAGCUCCACAGUAAUGCCUGGGAGUGCAUCGCAGUCCAUUGGGCCAUUACUCAGAGGUGGCGCCAUAAUCUUUUGAACAGAAAGUUCCGCCUCGUUACGUACAAUUGGACCGUCGCCUGCCUCUAG